CGCCCCCGUGUUCGACAAGCCUUUAGUUCCGUGUGGCCGUUGCUACUUUGGGUUCCUACACUCUUGAGAGUCUGGUGAACUCGAUAUUCAGUGGCCGUCGUUUUGACAUCGCUUUACGUAGAUUUGAUUUAAAGUCUGCAACCGGAUUCCACAUUAUGGCUGUGAACACAGGCACAUCUCUGGUUCUCUCCAGUCUGCUAUCAGUGCUGGUAUUUGCUGGAAUGCAGAUGUUCAGCAAACAGCUGGGAUCAUCGGAGUGGCUGACAAUCUUGGGAGGUUUCCUUGGAUCUGUUCUUUUCAUCUGCUCACUCACAGCAUUUAAUAACAUGGAAAACCUAUUUUUUGGAAAGGGAUUCCAAGCUAAGAUCUUUCCUGAGAUUCUGCUGUGCCUGUGCCUGUCAUUGUUCGCCUCGGGUUUGGUCCACCGUGUCUGUGUCACAACUUGCCUGAUCUUCUCCCUUUUUGCUCUGUACUACAUCAACAAAGUGUCUGCAGCCCUCUACCAAACUGCCGCUCCUGCAGUGACACCAGCCAAAGCUACUGGCAAAGGCAAAAGGAGGAAUUGAUGGAUCAAUGGUUGUACUUGAGAGAAUUUUACCUCCAAAUUGCAAUAAUCUGGUGCCACAUGUUUUGUGCUACAAAUCAGUAAACUCAAAACAGCGUUCGAGAUGAAAUUUGUUGUACAAUUUAAUAGACAGCUGUCAACAUUCCACCGUUACUGUUCUCUAAGCACUCAGAGAUUAGAACACACAAUAAGUUGUUUGUGGUUAGCAACUGAAAUGUUGCUGUUUUUGUAAUUAAACUCUUUGAAAGGGAUCUUAUGGGUCUUCAGUCCUUGUUCAAACAAUUUCAUCACAUGCUUGCACACUGAAAAUCGGUGAGAAUGGGUGUGUGCAGUUGACUCAGCAGACACUUUCUUCUGCUAAGAACAGAACAGAACAGGAUAGGAAUAUUGGGAUUAAUCUCAGCAGGCGUCGGAGGAAAGGUGUGGCCCAGCCGGGCUGAUAGCCAAGCUCCUGCAGCCAACAGAUGAAGUCAAGCAACCAUUUGUCUCAGAGGAACAAUGAUCCAGGCCCAGUUGAGCUUUCUGCCUGAAAAAGGUGUCCUACAUUAAAACGCAUGAAACGUUCACAUAUAGCAGUCGAAAAACUUUAGGGUUCCAAAUGUGUUGUUUAUAUGCAGCUCAGUCUCUAUUCAUAUGAGCAGAGCUCUGCCUCAAGUUUUGUUUGUUCAGGAUAAUAUAUGAGAAAUUAAUAAAUAAAUUCAAUAUGUAUAAAUGUACAACUGCAAAUAUACACUGUAGUGUAGUUCCGGGUAACCUUGGGUGAAAGUGAUAGUAGUGGCAGGUGAUCCCGGGCGUGGAGCUAUUUGUUUUGUUUUGGCGGGGUGAAGAAACUUGUUUCUGUGUCUCGUGCCUUUAUACAGCAGGGCUCUGUCGCGCCUGCCUGAGAAGAGGGGUAGAAAUGGGUAAGAUCCCUGGGGUGCUCCCAUAGUC